AUGGUAACCAACAAUAGCAAUAAAAAACUUUAUGGAUCUCAUUCAUGUUCUAAUAUAUCUAAUGCUUCCACAAACACUACAAACCCUACCACAAUUACCACAACAACAACUGCUACUGGUACAAUUGGGAAUCCAAAUAUAAAUACAAGUAAUGAUAAACAUUCAAGAAGACCUUCAUUAACGAAAAAAAGAUCAAGUCAAAGGUUGAUCAAAAAAAUAGGCAUAAACUUAGAUAAUACACUUUCAUAUAAAGAUGAUCACUCUUACAAUAGCGCAGAUAGCGAUGAUAUAGAAUUUAUUGUCAACGAUAAUAUAAAUAGAAAUAAGGGUAAUGAUAUUGAUGCUGAUUCGGAGCCUCUUUCAAUAAGUAAUAAUAAUUAUAAUAAUGAUAAUACCAACAAAAACAGUUUACCCAAUUUAACCAGUUUGAAAAUAUAUAAUGGGGAUCAAGAUAAAAAUAACACUUAUGUAUCAAAUUCACAAAAUAUUUUCGAUGUGAUAGAAGUCCCCUUUGUUAAAGCUUACUUAGAUCCAAGUCUACCCGAAGACUAUUUAAAAGACGACAUAUUAAAUAUUAUUCAGACUCUAAGAAUACCUAAGUGGUACCGCAAGGGUUACUUGGAAUCUCCACUAAGUAGAUCUAAAUUAAUAUUAAAUAAAAUAUCCGGUGCAAUGACCAAUGCUAUCUUUAAAAUCCAAUAUCAAGGAUUACCAUCCUUAUUAUUAAGAAUCUAUGGGAAAAAUAACGACUCAAUCAUCGAUAGAGAUAAUGAAUUACAGAUUCUUGCAAGAUUAUCUGUCCAAAAUAUCGGCCCUUCAUUAUAUGGAUGCUUUGAGAAUGGUAGAUUCGAACAAUUUUUAGAGAACGCAACAACUUUAACUAAAGAUGAUAUAAGAGAUUGGAAGAUUUCUCAACGAAUAGCAAGAAGAAUGAAGGAACUACAUAAUGGGAUUCCUCUAUUAAAGUCUGAAUUCGAGAACGGACCAGUGAGUUGGAACAAGAUUGAAAAAUGGAUAGAUAUAAUUGAAAAACAUCCCAACUGGAUAGAUGACAAAAAAAGAAUACAGGAUAUUUUCAAUUGUCAAGAUUAUGUUUCUUUGAAAAGAAAUAUUUAUAAAUAUAAAAAUUGGUUAUUUAAGAAUUCUCCUAAAAAUUCACUUGUUUUUUGUCAUAAUGAUACACAAUAUGGUAAUCUUCUAUUUAAUUCUCCUCUAAUAGAUCUAAAUUCUCUCUCUAAUGCAGAUUUAUCUAUUUAUAUAGACAAAGAUAAAAAUUACAAUAAGCAUGAUACACAAUCAUGGACCCCCUCAGAUUUAACACCUAUUUCCACGGAUUCCUUAUUCCCAUCUACAUCAAACGUCUCUUUAGAUACAAUUAUUAACCCACCAAAACAAGAUCAAAUUCAAGAUAAAAAAUUGGUUGUGAUAGAUUUCGAAUAUUCUGGCCCCAAUCCAGCAUCAUACGAUUUAGCCAACCAUUUCAGUGAAUGGAUGCAUGACUAUAGCUCUACAAAACCUUGGAGUUGUAAUUCUUCAUUGUUUCCAACAAAGGAACAGUUAUUAAAUUUCCUUUAUUCUUAUGUAUCGCAUUUGAAAAGUUCAUCCAGUGUAAAUAAAAGAAAGGCUACAAAGGAAUUAGAUGAUGAAGUUAGGUUCUUCUACAACGAUGUAAUUAAAUGGAGAGGAACAGUGCAAUUAUUCUGGUCUAUUUGGUCGAUUAUACAAAGUGGUGAAUUACAAAAAGAUAAACAAUCUUUAAAGAAUCAAUUCGAAGGUAUUAAUGGUGAGAAAUAUGUGAUUACUGUGGAUCCAAUAGAUAUCCAAGAUAAUAAUAAUAACGAUGAAUUUGAAACAGGAUUAAAUAAGAAAAGUGAACAAGAAGAGAUUGAAGAAGACAAAGAGAUGGAAGGCGUUAAUAUUGAUACAUUUGAUUACUUAAAAUAUUGUAGUGAUAAAAUAUCUGUAUUCUGGGGUGACUUAAUAGGACUAAGAAUAAUAUCUUCAGAAGAUAUUAUAGAUGCUAAUAGAAUUCAAAGAUUAGAUACUGAAAUGAUAUGA